AGCUUAAGACAUCGCAAGGCUGCGUAUAGUGUUCGGAACAGUAUUAUUCCGAAGGCACCAACCUACGCGAUCGCUGACAAUUUGAAACAGCAUCAGUCUCAAAGCCGUUCUCUUCUUAUCACUCGCCGAUCCUGAUUUUAUCUUUGACGAAAUCGGCCAUAGUUCAUGACAUCUAGAAGUUUUGGCCACAUUGAGCGAUGAAUCCCUCUGAAGACCCUGAAAUCCACAGUGAUGGGAGCGAAGAGAGCGACGAUGCCGCUGCCCCCAAAGCCAGAACCGUCAGGUCUAGCCGAGCGUGUAUAACUUGCAGGCGGAUGAAAACAAGAUGCGAAAUCGACGAAGCACUAGGGAACGCGUGUAAAUUGUGCAUUCGGGCCCGUCGACAAUGCAUUAUGCAGGAUCUACCCCGACGAAGGAAAAGAAAGACUACCGAACGAGUUGCAGAUCUCGAGCAGAAAAUCAAUGCGCUCACGGCACUUUUGAGCGCCAACGAGUCGAACAGCCCUGUAGAUCACAAGAAACUGGCCAGUGCCCAUGGCGACUCGACUGGGACUUCGGCGUCCAAGGUGCAGACAUUAGCCAAACCCGACAAUACCCUCAUCGCGGAAGCGUUGUCUCGCGGCUUGUUCACCUGGGAAACUGCCUGUAAGGCUUUUGAACGAUACAAGAAUGAAAUGUGCCGCUACUUCCCGUUCGUGGUCUUUGCUUCUGGCUCUGACGCCGCCGCCGUCAAACAACAACAGCCGCUCUUGUUCUUCGCCGUCAUUACUGUUAGCCUGGCUUCAAUGCAAACAACCGUCGAUGCCGAACUAUGCGACAUGCUCAUCAAAGAUUUAGCCUUACGAGUCGUAUACACUGGUGAACGGUCUCUCGAACUUGUGCAGACUUUAAUUGUCCACAUCUUGUUCUACGGCAGGGCCAAAAACAUGCGAGAUCUCAAUUUCAACCAGAUGGUGCAUAUUGCCAGCACAAUGGCGCUUGAUAUCGGCUUGGGCAGACGACCUCAUAAAUCAACCUUGACGCAAAGAACUGAUCCCCAUCAACUGGAAUCACUCGCAGGGCGACGGGCAUGGCUGGGGUGCUACUAUAUGGGGACGAGUGUUUCAAUGUCACUUCGCCACCCCGCCUUCGUUCGCUGGUCUGUGUACACCGAGGAAUGCUUGGACGUCCUCUCCGAUGAGGCGUCUGUCUUACCAAGCGAUAUGUGGCUAUGUGACUUGAUACGUAUCCAACAUAUUGCAGAAGAUGCCUCAGUCACAUUCUCAAUGGAUGACCCUGGUGCUAUUGUCACACUCCGCGACGUCAAGAUUCAGUAUCAGAUCCGAGGCUUUCGUCAGCAAUUGGACUAUUGGCGUCGUCAUGCCAAAACGGACUUGACUUUGCCCUACGUUCGCCAUGUUGCCGCAUGCACCGAUCUCUUCAUCCAUGAAAUAGCCCUGCAUCCGGAACAUGACAUCGACGACCUCCGUUCACCACUCCGUACUGCUCUUGCGCCGCCUGCUGCAGCCGUUGAGAGUAUGACAUCAAAGUUCAAAGACUUACAUUUCAUUCCUGCAAGAGUAGAGGCAUUGUUUGCUUGCCUCGCUGCAAUUCACGAAUGCUUUGACGCAUUUCUCUCCAUAGGCUUCGCUUCCAUGUGCAGCUUGCCAAACAUUUUCUUUGUACGCACGGGUUAUGCAGCUCGAGCACUUCGCAAAUUACUCAAUAUAUGCGAUAGCCAGGCAGAGUUUGAAGGGAGAUCCCACGUCGACGUUCGAGACCUGAAAUUCGAAGAGUAUUUGACUGCAAUCAUCGAUGUACUCAGGAGAGUCCAUGCUCAAAAUAACUCUGUUGUGGCGAGAGCGUUCUGCUUGGUUCUUUCACAGAUCAAGACACAGGGACUCAAUUCAUCCAAAUUGCUUUCUGCGAUGAAGCGAGCGGAUGAGGCUGCGACAACGAGAUCAAGAGUCAGUCCGACAUCUGCCUCCUCCAUGCCGUCAAAUGAGCGCUUCGACCUUCCCUGCCUACAUAGCGACGAGAGCCAACAGUCACAACGAACGGAAUCUCUUACAUACGAUUCUGGUGACCUGAAUAGUGCACCUCCACCCCAGCUGCCCCACGACCAGAUUCCCUUGGAUGCACAAACUCAAGCAAAAAGUGCACAGUGGCUGGAGAAUGAUACGGACGACGCCUUCAUGAGUGGUAUUGAUGUUUUGCAGUGGUUUGAACAGGACUUGGCCUUUGAUGAUCCCGCAGCGUACGACUACGACAGUCAACUCACGGCCCGGUAUUGGCAACAAUAAUAUUUCCGUUGACACUGUGAAUGCUCGACGACCUCUGAGAGAUUGUUGAAUCAGCCAUGCUGGAUGAUGUGCGAUAUGCCAGUGACAACCUCCACGCAAUCGUUCCGCCUAUGUUUCAGAACAUCAAGGAUUUUGGCUCGCACAAUUGAAGAAGCCGGUGUAAUCAACCGAGACUGCACUGACAAUACCUUCCACCUACUUCUAUCAUCUCGGAGACUUCAACGUUGUCCUAAUAAAGUCUUGCAACCAACCUUACGCUUACCACCUUCUAUCUUCCUCUGCCUCCUUAUCAGUUCCUAAGCAGUGGCCAAUCUCGUGUUCGUCCAGUACGCCUAGGUCCUUCUAAACGAUGGAGGGGACCUCAGAGAGGUGUCUCUCCGUGUACAUGAGGCUUGUUAGAAGUUUCAAGACAUCGCCGUGUCCACCAAGCCUAAGAACAUUAAGACUCUGCUUCAAAUGUGACACGAACCACAUUCGAUCUCCCGCGGGCACCGACAAAUCGACCCCAUAAAUGCACACCC